GAUAAUAUCUAAUGAGAGUAGGUAUGAGUAACAAAAGUCGGGCGUGUCCUUAUUAAUGAGUAACUCGCUUAUUAAGUGAACAAUUCGUUAGAGUUUCAGUCACAAGUCGUGAAAAGCUUCUCGGAACAUUAUGAUCUUGCCAUACCCAAGCUAAAGUGACGUCACUCAGGUGUUUUGCGUCCACCUGUAUUCAGUGUUGUUAUUCCGCGGUAAUAUGGCGGUUAUCACCCACCUGAAGUUCAAAUUGUUCAUAUUCUUGUGUAGUGAGCUAACUUGUGUUGUUCUUGGACAAAACAGACAAUACAGACCAAACGUGUACGGUUCGUACGAUGACCGAAAUCAGUUCAGUCAGUACAACAACAACCCGUACCAGAUCCCGAACCCAGGUGACAGGGAUUACAGGACGUACGUCUACAAGGGGAGGCGUUACGGGCAACAGAACAAUUUUUACAACAACAGGUGGCGUCCUGGCGACCCCCGAAUCCAGGGCCAGGACGAGCAUUUCUUCUACGACCAACAAGGGAAUGGGGAACCGAUCCUGCCAGGGGUUUUGGGCGGUUGGCGGACCGACUUGCAAGGGAAGUUCCGGUCGCAGACGAAGGACAAAAAAAGGGAUAUUUUCGUGACGACCACGCACGGACAAGUCCAGGGUUUUCUGGUGUAUUUGUUCGAUAAUCCAGACCCGGAAUCGCUCUACAGACCCGGGUCGGAGUUCAUAGAACGCGAGUAUGGCAUGACUGAGGUCUACUUGGGCAUUCCUUACGCCGAACCCCCGAUUGUCGAAGCAAGAUUUAAGCCUCCGAGGUGGCACAAAGGCUGGCAGUUGCUGCAAGCGGUCGACUUCGGACCCGCGUGCCCGCAACCAGCUCGCUACGUGGGCGCGACUAAAGGUAUAAGAGACAUGGACGAGGACUGUCUGUACCUCAAUGUCUACAAGCCGCCGACUAGUGAAGAGGGGGUUGGGAAGAGGUUCCCAAUAAUGGUCUACAUCCACGGUGGCGAUUUUAUCAGAGGCGCUUCUAAUACGUUUCCAGGGCACAUCAUGGCAACUUUUUACCAAGUGAUAGUCGUGACGAUUAACUACCGUUUAGGUGCGUUGGGUUUUAUAAGCACUGGCGAUGUCAAUUCACCGGGGAACUACGGAAUUUUGGACCAAGCCAUGGCUUUGAAGUGGAUUUAUGAAAACGCGGAGAGUUUCAAUGGUGAUAGAUACAGUAUCACGUUAUUCGGACCAGGGGCUGGGGCCGCUUCCGCGGGCCUCCUCAUGGUAGCCCCCCAAACGAAAGACAUGAUCUCAAAAGUCAUAGCUCAAAGCGGCUCCGCCUUAGCUGACUGGACCUUGAUCGUGGACAAAUACCGGGCCCAAAACACUAGCCGCGUUUUUGGCAAACUCAUAGGCUGCAGCAUUGAGUCGUCCUGGAAGCUGAUGAAUUGUCUCAAACAAGGGCGGAGUUUUUACGAAAUAGGUAACUCGGAGUUCCCGCCUGAAGUCGGCCUAUUCCCUUGGGCACCGGUAAUGGAAAUGAACGUCUCAAUGCCUUUCUAUGAGGGAUGGCAAGAGAGCGAUUGGCAUUUCCUUAAGGAAACUCCCGAGGAUUUGAUCAGAAAAAAACACUUCAACCCUUAUUUGAAAUAUAUGUCGGGGGUCACCCUUCAGGAAGCUGCAACUUUUAUCACUUCGAAUAAGUCACUCGAGCCCAAUUUCAUUAUCGACCAAGAGUUUUUCGACCAAAAAGUCAAAGAACUCGUGCUUCGCUACAAUUACACGUUAAAUCCCAACGGCACCUAUGAGGCCAUCAAGUACAUGUACACCUACUGGCCUGAUCCUAACAACAAAACACACAUUCGCGAUAAAUAUAUACAGAUGCUCUCCGAUUUUCUCUACACCGCUCCGAAUGACAAAAUAGUGAAGCUGCUGGUGGAGCAAGGGGUUGAAGUCUACAUGUAUGUCCUGAACACCACAAUUGAGUCGUUCAAACUGGAGGAAUGGCGAAAAGUCCCUCACGACAUUGAGCAUUAUUUGCUUUGCGGGGCCCCGUUUAUGGACACUGAGUUUUUCCCUGAGGGUUUCUCGCGGACCCAAUGGACGAAUAACGACAGAAACAUGAGUCAUUUUUUCAUGCAAGCUUACACGAAUUUCGCAAAAUAUGGCAACCCAACGUACACCCAAAUCCUGGGCAUACAUUUCGAAGUUGCCAGACAUGGGGAACUCAAAUAUCUGAAUUUAAACACGACGUACAAUUCGUCAAUUAGGUGGAAUUUCAGACAGACAGAGUCGGCAUUUUGGUCGCAGUACUUGCCCACAGUUGUGGGCCAUCUUGUCCCGACCUAUCCGCCCACCACUGAGUAUUGGUGGGAACCACGAGCGCCGCUGCAGAUCGCCUUCUGGAGCAUGUCUGCUGCGUGUCUCCUCCUGGUCGUGCUUCUUGUGGUGUGCUGUAUGCUUUGGCGGAACGCGAAAAGGCAAUCCGAUCGUUUUAUCUACGAUCCUGACCCGGACGAAGGAGUUGACAAUACGAGGCUUACAAGCGCGUACGAUUACGCCGAAAAACUGCGAACACCGAUCAGUGUUCCGCCGCGAACAAACAGUGCUUCCACGUUUCGAAGUGAAAGUGCCGUGUCACUGAAAGAAGCCCAAGGCUUCGUGAGCAGUAGUCCCAGUGAAGAUUAUCCGAGGAAAGGCACUCCGGUGCUGUCCCACAGACACAAAAGCAAAGCAGAGUUGGCGCAAGGGGUGCCACAGACUGAUGUUUGACCAUUUGCGCCAUCUAGGUCCAGUUUCAUGACCACAUGUGUUCUUUCAUAAAAGACUUAUGGGUACAUAUAGUAGACUAAGCUUCCGUCCAUGAUACUGUUAAUGACACUUAAAGGUUUAUGUAUACGUAUUUUUAUAUAGCAAAGAGUUAAACUUAAUAAGUACUUGUAAGGCAAUAUGUUUAAGCAAAUAAAAAUCAAACAUUUUUACAACCGUACCAAAGAACAAUAAAUGAACAAUGAAUCGGAACAGGACGCCACAAUAAAAUUUUGCUUAUUUUCUAACUAAAAUUGUAGAUCUCGUCUCAAUAAAGUUUUAUAAUGUUUUAUAA